AUGAAGUGUGACUCUGGCUUUAGUGAAGUGCACUCCAUGGGUGGCCAUACAAACUUCAUAUCCUGCAUCUGUGUGAUUCCGCCUGAUGAAAAAUAUCCACAUGGCCUGAUUCUCACUGGAAGCCAUGACAAAACCAUCUGUGCAUUCUCUUUAGAUUCUGCCGAGGCUGUGUUUAAACUCUGCGGUCAUACAGACACAGUGUCUUGCUUAGCUGUAGGCAAAUUUGGCACAAUUCUCAGUGGCUCUUGGGACAUGACAGCAAAAGUGUGGCUGAACCAGAAGUUGAUGAUGACACUUCAGGGCCACGAGUUUGCAAUUUGGGCAGGUAAAAUAAUGCCGGAAUGUGGAGUCAUGCUAACCGGGUCAGCAGAUAAAACAAUCAAGAUGUGGAAAGCUGGGAAGUGUGAGAGGACUUUUCAAGGUCACACAGACUGUGUGCGCGGACUGGAGGUACUCUCCGCAGUAGAGUUCCUAUCCUGCUCUAACGACUCAUCGAUACGGCGAUGGCUGGUGACCGGUGAGUGUAUACAGAUCUACUCUGGACACACGAGUUUCAUCUACUCCAUCGCCGUGUUGCCAAAUGGUCAGGACUUUGUCUCGGCGGGAGAAGACCGAUCUCUAAAGGUGUGGAAAAAUGAUGAAUGCACACAGACACUGUUCUUACCUGCCGAGUCAAUCUGGUCUGUCUCCUGCCUACUCAAUGGUGACAUAAUUGCCGGCUCAAGUGAUGGAGUUGCACGAGUGUUCACGACGGACCCUGGUCGAAUGGCCAGCGAGGAGCAUCAGCACUUGUUCCAGGAAGAGGUCGCCAGCUUCAAGAUUGCGGGCAACACAGGCGAUCUGGGUGAAAUAAAAGUUCAGGAUUUACCCGACGAGAGGGCGCUACUAGUACCAGGUAAUCGGGAUGGUCAGACUAAGAUGGUGAAAACACCUACUGGUAACGUAGAAGCUUACCAGUGGAGUGCAGCAGAAUGCCAGUGGAGCAAGAUUGGCGAUGUUAUAGGUAGCGCCGGUGCAUCACCACAAACAUCUGGCAAGGUCCUCUAUGAGGGAAAGGAGUAUGACUACGUGUUUAGUAUAGAUGUUGAGGAGGGGAAGCCACCACUAAAGCUGCCAUAUAACAUUACAGAUGAUCCGUGGUUUGCUGCUCAAAAGUUUCUCAAUGAUAAUGAGCUGAGUCAGAGCUUUCUGGAUCAAGUAGCAAACUUCAUUACGGAGAACGCAAAGGGUGUGACAAUUCAGCAAUCUGUGUCGGCAACCGUUGACCCAUACACAGGAGGUGCAAGGUACAUUCCAGGAAAUGGGAGUAAUUCGGGGAGUCGGAACGGUCUGUCAGACCCAUUCACCGGAGCCGGUAGAUAUGUGCCCACAGGCAACGUCUCACCGAAAGUCAACAGGGAAGAGAACGCAUUUUUCCCAGUGAAGAAGUUUGUUUCAUUCCAGCAAAGAAACCCGAAUGCAAUCGUCGCGAAGCUGGUCGAGUUUAAUGCCAGGGUGGAUGCGGAUAACCGGGUGCCCGAAGAUGUGAUGGCGAGCGAGGUGAGAGCUCUUCUAAAAGACAACCACGUACCCACAGACGCGCAGAUGGUACUGCUGGAGAAGCUGCUACGAUGGCCUAAAGAUGUCGUCUUCCCGGCGUUGGACGUACUGCGGCUGGCGCUGUGUAACCGCCACGCGGCGGCGCGGCUCUGCGACGACCGUGACGGCCCCCGCCUCGUCGACGGACUCCUCGCGCUCGCCGCCGCGCCCGACAACCAACAAGCGAACGUCCUUCUCGGCUGGCGCGCGCUCUGCAACGUCUUCGUCGCCGGCGCGCCGCUCAUGCUCGCGCGCCGCGACGAGGUCGUCGCCGCGGCAACGGCAUGCGCCGAGCUUCGCCGCGACGACAAGAAGCUGCUAGUCGCCACGGCGACGCUGCUGCUGAACUACGCGGCGGCGGGCGGUGGCGGCGGCGGCGAGUGCGUCGUGCGCGCGACCGUGAGCGUGCUGCGCAUGCAGCCGGACCGCGAGGCGACGUUCCGCCUGCUGGUCGCGCUCGGCACACUGCUGUGGGACGACGGCGGCGGCGCGGUCGAGCUCGCAAGGUCGCUCGGAGCGAGUCGCCUCGUCGCCGCAGCAACGUCCGUCUCGGAUCCGCCGAAGGUCAGUGAGUGUGCGCUGCAUCUCACCAGCAUCCUGCUGUAGUCGCCCGCGCGCUCUCAUUUUGUCGUAUGGACCUUUUUGUUUUCGGCGCAAAGAACGUUGAGAGAUCUUAUAUAUUUACGACUGGUCACCGCGCGCGUACCGCAUCUUGUAUUGUUGGUGGAGCGUAAGAUCGACUGUUCUUCUAUCCGUUCGAUUGUGUGUAUAUUUGCAUAGUGGUAGGAGGGAAGAACACUGGCGCUGCCAGCCCUGUGUGCAUACGUGUGUUUACGUUUAUUUAAAGCAUUAUUAUCACUGAUGCCGUGAGCUGUGGUAAUGUCGAGUUCACGCCGUUGCUAGUAAAUGAAAUGACGAAACGAUCUUUAUUUUGAAGUGUCGUUAUUUAGUACAUUCUUGUCGAAAUUAUAUUCACUAUGCCUGUAUAUAGGUCACUUACGAGUGCAGUCUCAAAAGAAAAUUUGGUCGGUUGAUGAGAAC